CAGGCGCCGAUAAAAUUGAUUCACUCGAGCUGUGUGUUUGGCCAGAAUGAAGUCCUUCGGGGCCGAGAAAUUGUGAUACAGCUGGCUCCAGACAGCCCCCAAUUUCCAUUCACUGUCAAUGUCAACAUCUGAAGCUCGGCAUAAGGAAAACCAACUGAAGCAUUCGGCAUGGACUUGGAAGAUGUGGCAAGUCACCACGGAUUCGGUCAGCAUAUGGCCACGUACAAUGUGGAGACCUCGGCGGUGCACAGAAAGCUGCAGAGCAAGGUGGAAGCACUGAGGAUCCUGCGCCAGGAGUUGGAGCAGUUCCGCGUGGAGCGGGAUCAGUACAAGCUGAUGGCGGAAACCCUGCAGUUGCGAUAUUCGGCACUCAAGAGUAAUAGUGAGCUCCUGGCCGUCGGCGGAUGUGGAGCUCUGAGCGAGAACUCCAGCCUGGCUGCUUUACUUCAUGAGACGCGAGAGCAAAACCUUAAGCUGAGUACAGAGGUAGAAGCCCUAAGGCAGCGAUUAAAUGAACUCCAGGGUGACAUGGAACUUCUUCGCGAAACGGAAGCCAGCAACAAAACAAGGGUGCAGGCAAUGGCCACAGAAAAUGCCGCCCGCAACAAGGAUGAGCUGCAAUGGCGCCGGGAACGGGCCAACUUCAUCUGCCACCUAGAGGGACUCAAGAAACGGAAUGCCCAACUGGCAUUCGACCUGAAGGCGGUCAUCGAUGAGAAGGAGGAACUCAUCACCGAGCGGGAUGCCUACAAGUGCAAGGCACACCGCCUCAAUCAUGAGCUUUUUGUGGCGCUCAGGGCCAAGAAAACGCACCCGAGACUCCUUGACAUCGAUGGCGUGUUGCUGGAGAACAAGUACCUGCAUGAACGUGUCAAGAUCCAAGACAGCGAAUUGGAACUGACCAAACAGAGCAUAACGAAGUACAAGGCCAUGUUAGAUGCAAAACGGAAGAAGGGUAUUGUUAAACUAGGAGGUGGCAGCACAAACGAAGACACAAUACUAAGCCCCCGACAAGUUAAAACAAUUCUGGAGAGCGGUAUUGAUCUGCCGCAGAAAACUGAGAGCUUAAACGAUCUAAAAUCUUUAUGUCUAGCUCUCCUAGACAACCUGAACGACAAAAACUUAGCCCUGUCCCAUCAGAAGAAAACCAACAAAAUACUGGCUGGCAAGAUGACUGAGCUGGAACAACGAUGGCAACAGCUUCUUUCGGGAAACGAGGAUAUCGCCGAGAAUCAGGAGGAGGACGAGGACUACGGCUAUGCACCAUCCCAGUUGCUUCUUAAUGGUUAUUGCGCCGCUAUGGUUGAUGAUGCCGACAUUUGCAGCACUCCGUCCAAUGCCCCCGAAAACGAAGGCGACGCAAAUACACCAGAUCCCGCAGAUACCGGAAACCACAAGUCAGCCGAAGUCCUGCACUCCGACGAUGGAAUGUCGUCGCUCUCGACCGAAUCGGUGGAUUCAUCCGUCUAUGGGGCGGAUGUCCAACCAGAUGACUUUCAGAAAUCCUCUUCCGCCACAACGGACUCGGGGAACUGUGGUCUAAACAGCCGUUGCACGGGAACUCCGCGAAUCUCCAGCGCUGUUGCCCGAGAAAGAAUGGAGGAUCUGAAGGACUUGCCGCCGCACCUGGCCACUCUUGUCCAGAAGGCACUCCACGAACUUGAUAUGCGGGACUAUGAGGCUAUGGUAACGAUAAGGGCCGAGAAUUUGGCUUCUAUUCCUUAAAGAAAUACUAGUUCAAUCAAGGACUCCCCAUUAAAUAGAUGGAACCAUAUCGCAGUGUUGACAAAAAGAUAUAAUAUAUGUAUAUUUCCGCAACAGCGUACAAUAAAAAGGUUUAUUCACAUGA